GUUAUAAAUUGUGUACUCAAAGAAGGAGUUCUCGGGACCUAGAUCUUGCCAGGGUAAAAAGUGGAAAAUUCUAAAAACAGGUGUCCUCUAGUGAUGUGUGAGGUGUAUCCAGAAUAAUGUCAGUUGAGCCACCCCUGGUAACAGGGAUCUCCCCCAAGGAGGGGCCCCCAGGGACCAGGGUGACCAUCAGGGGGGAAAACCUGGGGGCUGAGCCCAAGGAUUUGAUUGGUCUCAAAAUCUGUGGUGUAGACUGCUACCUCUCAGCAGAAUGGAAAUCCCCCAACAAGAUCAUUGCCAGGACGGGGCCGGGGAAGGGCAAGGGGGACAUUGUGGUGACCACUAAGUCUGCAGGCACAGGCACCUGUACUGUAGGCUUCAGGGGAUACUUUGUUCAGACUGGUCCCUUACAGGAGUCUGCCAUCUGGAUAGAUGAAUCUCAGACGUUGGAUCGCCUGGGGCGUGGCAGGGCUUCCUCUCCCGUGGUCAGCCGAGACUUUGAGAACCCCCUGGGGUUGUCUGAUGAGGGCAACCAGGGAAAGUAUGCAGAGGAUAUCUUGCUGGAAAUAUUCCCUGAAGGUUCUGGGGACACUAAACUGGAAAACUUUGAUUCUGCCUGGUUCCUGCUGGAAAACCACCACGGUGCAGGGUUUGAUGACUUAAAGGCAGGACUACAGUAUCUGAAGAGGAACAGUGGCCGCCAGAAGGAGGGGCCACUGGCAUUUGUCAAGACAAACCUGUCCACAUUCAUGGACUGUCAGGAAACCAUGAGAACCAUGCAUGAGGAGUUGAUACGUGACAUACAGGCCAAUGAUGGCAGCAGUAUCACAUACCAACUGGAAAACUUACUACGCGAUGCCAACAAGACGGCCGACAGUUUGUUUCAAGAUGUCCUGGGGAGGAAGGACAGGGCAGACAGCACCAGAAAUGCUCUCAGCGUCCUCCAGAGGUUCAAGUUUCUCUUCAAUCUGCCAUGCAACAUGGAGAAAAAUAUUAAAAAGGGAGAUUAUGACAUGGUCAUCAAUGACUACGGGAGAGUGAGGUCACUCUUUAAGGACACAGAUAUUGCUGUCUUUAAAAAAGUUUAUGAAGAAGUGGAGCGGCGUGUAGCUGACUUCAGGGAGAUGUUGCAUAAAAAACUUCUGGAGCUUCCUUCCACCUUGGAUGAGCAGAAGAAACUGGUCAGGUAUCUUGUAGAGCUGGAGAGUGCAGGUGACCCGGCCUGGGAGUGUCUUAGCAACCAGCAACAGUGGCUGCUCCAGCUGCUGACCGACUGUAAGACUGGACACAUGGACACAGGUGAUAAGUCAUUCAUGCUGCCCCAGGUGGAGACUGAGGCCCCACCCACCCCCUCUCAGAGGAUAGCAGUGCCAGGGUUCAGUCUUACUUCAGGAUUUAAAACAGGGAAGAACCAUAGUUUCAGCUCAACGCAGUCUCCAGAACAAGCAGGAUGGAAGUUUAAAACUCCACAGAGGGUGCUCUUUGUUGAAGAAUUAACAGACAUUCUAACAGAAAGUUUCCCUGACUUUUGGAAGCUGGGCCAGGCUUACUUCAGUGGAAACCUCAUCCUGAGAGAGACUGAGCGAAUCCAAAAGAUUGACACUUCAAAGCAUGUGGAGUUUAAGAAAAUGGCUUCUGAUGUUAUCCAGCUUUUCUCCAAUUUGAUGAGAGCUGCAUUUUUACCUGAGUCCUUGGAAAACAUUGAUCCAGCUUUGCGCAAAACCUUUGGAGAAUGGUCUGAAAGUAAACAUGAUACUCGGGGCGCCUGGCUGCCACACUGUGUGAGAUAUAUCAGGUCAUGUGUUGGUGCUCUCUCUAACUUAGACUUACCAGAAGAAUGUCUAAACAUCUGCCAAGAGCUGGCCUUUGACAUGAGAACACACUGCAUGGUGACACUGCUCAAACAAGCUAUUCAAGACAUGAAGAACCUCCACCAGAGGGAGUCCUGGAAUGUGGAUACAGAUGAUGUGUGUGGUGGCAUCACUCAGCUGCCCCUAUUAUUUGAGAAUAUAGUCAAUGAAACAAUCCAGCACCUCCAUGAGGUAGUCAUGAAGCUGAAGCCAGGAGAGACCAAUCUGUUUGAUCAACGAGAUGUUCAAAUUGAGGCCACAGCGCUGUGUACACAACUUGUGAAAGAAUUCUCAAAUUGCAUCGAGAAGUUGGCCUUCAAAGGAGACACACUAAAGCCAAAGAAGCAAACACAGAGUAGCAGUGUAUCUGCAGAAGAAGAAACACAAGAAGAGAAAGUUCCAGCUUAUGACAAGAGACUUCUGAUAAUGUUGAGCAACUGCAAUCACACCAUCCAGAGAGCCAUUCCUAGAAUUACUGAGAAUAUGGACAAACAUCAGUAUCCUGAGACUGAGAAGAUUGCUCAGGAGGCCAUAUCUGCAUUCCAAGAGGUGGACGAGAAGCUGUUUGAAGCCUAUGUGGAAGAAAAGUCCAACCCUAUUAUUGGAGCACUGGAACAGAACAUGUAUGCUGGGAGGUUUAACUGGGAUGAGUGUCUGAAACCAGUGGGUGUGAGAAGUUACCUGAAGGAGGCUUUAAUGGGGCUGAUCAGAGUUCACGCUGAGGUAUUUGCCAUAUCUCCAGUAUUGGUCACUAGAAUACUGACCAGGGUCAUUGUGGCGGUCAGUGAGGAGGUGGCCAGACUUAUUUUAUGUGUGGAAACAUUUAAUCUUAAUGGUGCUUUACAGGCUCGUCUUGAGCUGAUUACCCUACAGGAUGCUGUUGCCUUGUACGCCACCGACGAGUCCAGUGAGGCUGUCCAGGAGGCCCUAGACUACCUCCCUGAACUGAAGUCUGAGGACAAGAGGUUCCUAGAAGAUUUGAUCAACAAUUUUAAGACCAGGAUGAAGUUCCAGCUGAUGUGUUUCAAGAGUGACCCAGUGCUGAGGGGACCUGCCGCUUAGUCUGCUCUACUACGCAGAAAUGACAAUAGAAACAAAAGGGACCUUGACAAACAAAAAGGCAACUUCUGCUCUUACUGUAUGUGUGGAAUUCACUGGAAUUCAGUGUUCAGUUCUGAGGGGACCCCCCGCAUAGUCUGCUCUUCUACACCGUGAUCACCUGUUUGAAGCUAGGAGGAAUUUGCCAAACACAAAGACAACUUGCUUGACUCUUGCUAUAUGUAUAGAAUUCACUGGCUUAAGCAUGCCAUAAAUAAUAGUACUAACAUAUAAUUAAUAAAUUUUUUGUAAUAUGCAGGUAAGUGUUAUCUGCUAGAGGCCUUGAAUCCCCAGAAGAAACUUAUUGUUAUUAUUAUUCACUGGAUUAUCUGUAAGAAUUUGAAAUAUCAUCCAAUUCAAUGACUCAAAACUCCAAGAUUAAAUUUUGAAUCUGUGGACUGGCAUGCAAUGCAUUUUUUUUUUUCACGUUUGCAAUAGUGCCAUGGUGCAGUAUAUCAACUAUCGUACUUUAUUCAUUUGCUUCAAUGAACAAAUGUGUAUUGAAACAGUUUGUCAUUGUCGUAAAAUUGCCUUUCCUGCUGCUGCAUGUACAUUUCAAUGUAAAUUCUUAAACAUUUUCAAAACAAACUCAUUAAAUACAGAUGUCAUGAUACUGAUAUGGUGCGUGCAAUGUAACAGGACGUGACAAAGAAAUUGUGCUGCUUUCUUAUGUUGAUUGUUUAACUUAUAGUGAAUAAUAAAUGUAUGGAAAGAUGGU